CUGCGAGGAGGACGUGCGUCGUCGUCAUAACCGUCGUGCCGGUAGAUACGAUGAUCACGUGUAAGUUGUCUUCAACUUUCAACACCACAGUAUAUUUGAUUUUUAAAAACCUACAUUUUACUUUGUUUUAAAUGUAAAAGAUAUAAUUCUAUAAUGUGGUUAAUAAAUAAUAGUAAAAAUUUGAAAUAAAUAGUUUAUUAACAUGGAAUGUGCAAAAUUAUUAUGGUUAAUUUUUGUUUCAUCAAGUUUUACUGUUGCCAACAACCAGGAGAAAAAGGUCGCAGUAAAUCAGAAAAGAUCUGCAAUUAUUGCUGUAUAUGAAAACAAAAGAACAUCAAAUAUAUAUUUCAAUUCAUCAUUAAAAUCAAGUAAUGAAAAUGAUCUUGGAGAAUGGUCUCAAUGGUCUUCUUGGACUCCAUGCUCUACAUCUUGUGGUUUAGGAGUUACGAAACAAACAAGGCAUUGUUUAAAGAAGCCUGUCAACGUNAUCUUGUGGUUUAGGAGUUACGAAACAAACAAGGCAUUGUUUAAAGAAGCCUGUCAACGUGAAAAG